AUGUUCACCGCAGAUCAACUCAGUGACAGAGUAACAAAAUUGGAACAGAAGCAGACACAAGAUGAUUGGGUACACGUAUUAGAAGAUUCUAUUCUCCACGAAGCACCAUUUAAUAUUUCUUCCAAUAUUCAUGCACACUCGUCCGAGCCUAAAUCGUCAGAAAAUAAAGAGAUCGACGAAUUUUUAGAUCCGAAAAAUAAGGAAGGAGUUAGUGGCGAGAUAAAGCAACGCAAUAGAGAGAAGAAGGCCGAUCCCGGGACUUAA